GCCUUCCUCUUCCACCUCCAUCCUUUUCUUCCUUUUUUCUCCAACCAAGGUUAAGGUGCUUUUGUUAGAUCAGUAGAUCGAGGUAGCAGUCUCUCGGUUUAGGAGCUUUUGGCACGGGACUCACAUGCUCGUUAUAUGUACAAGCUAGGGUCUCGUGUUUUCGAUAAGGAGGCAGAUCGAUGUGUUACCAAAACCAUGACUCAGUUUUUGUAUUUUUGAAAAGCUUUGAAGAAGAAUUUGCCUCGUAUAAUUUUUUGUGUAAAUUACCUUUAUGUUUAAGGGUUUUAGGACUCAAGUUUAUAGUUUAAACUUAUUACUUACUAGAUUGUUAGCUCAUAAAAUCCCAUCCAUUUCAUAUUAGUAGAUCGAGAAAUCAACAAACGAUUGUGUGGAAAAAAAAAGAUGGCAAGUUUAAUUCUGUUCAGAAUCCCCAACCUUCCGAAACUUGCUGCGAUCUCUAGGAACCCUAGGGUUGUUUUGACUGCCCCACCAAGAUUGAUUCAGGCAAGUUAUUCUCACCAAAAGGCUUCAGAAGCAUGUGAAAACGCAAAAGAUGCAGCUAAACAAGGAGCUGGUGAAGCAAUGAAGGUUGGUCAAGACAUUAAAGAAAAGACUGCCUCAACUGCUUCCCAAAUGAGCAUGAAGACGAAAGAUAUGGCCGGGAAGGCGUCAGAUACGGCACAGGAAAUGACAUCCAAAGCAAAGCAGACAAUGCAGGAUGCUUGGGAUUCUGCUAAGGAAAGUGCUCAAAAGGCCAAAGAUACUGUCAUGGGAAAAGCAGAGGACUCGAAGGAGGCCAUCAAACAAAAUGCUGAUCAAGUCAAGCGAAGCAUGAACUCUAAAAACUGACCUUUCUUUAUCUCUUUCAUCAAUAAUGCCAGAUGCAUGUGCACAUCAUCAUCAUCAUCAUCGUCGUCAUCAUCGUUAUUAUUAUUAUUGUUGGCCACAAGUGCACAAAUAUUAUUUCUUGUUUUCGAGAAAAUGAAUGAAAUCUACCUGAAAUUUUUUAUUUUUUGGCCAACAAUCUACUUAGAAAUUAAACACUACUAUUAUUUGUUGUUUUUGAGAAAAUGUAAGACCUUUUGCCUGUCAAUUCUAAAAGUAC